AAAUGAUUUCCUGAAAGGCGUCCAACAAAUUAUUUUACGUAAUUAUCAGUAAAAACAACGAACACAGAUUACAAGAAAAAAUGUCAGUUCCCUGACCGGGAAUCGAACCCGGGCCGCGGCGGUGAGAGCGCCGAAUCCUAACCACUAGACCACCAGGGACACCACGUGCCGAUGCACUGAACUUGUUCAUAUUAUACUAACAAAAACCAUGGGAUCAACGUGUCGGUAUAGAUUUAUUAACUUCACUUCUUGCGUAACUAUUCGGGGUGAGUUUUCGAUUACUGGAACUUUUACGACUCUUUGCUGCAAACUGGCGAGUCGUUACCACUCGACGGUUCAAGUACACUUCCGCCUCCAUCGGCUCCUUUGUCUGAGUUUGACUACAUCCUUUUCCUUUCUACGUCCACGUGGGAAAUCGAACCUCAGCGCGUGAAACGCACCGUUUAAUAGAAUAGCGAGUUCGGGAAUUGAUAACGAAAGCAGCUGGUCGCCGCUAUUACGGGCACGAGGAGCAGGAUUUCAGAUUCAACAUGUCAGCCAGAGGGAAGGUGAGAAGUCAAAAGACGGCCAUUCACGAGGCUCUGUGCGCAGACUACUCUCUAAUCCUCAACAAAGUCUUCGAGAAGGGCCUGAUCACCCCGCGCGAGUACAGGAACCUCAAGAGCAUCAACAAAGAAAGCGUAGAGGGACACGUCAUUGAGCUGGUGGACAAGCUCCUGGACAAAGGAGAAGACACCUGCGAAGCCUUCCUGAGCCUUCUGCAGACUGAUGACGACAUUGUAAAGACUUACCCCGCACUGAGGACGCUGCAGUUGGACGAUAGAGGCACUUUACACGCGCCUGUCCAAGAUACUUCAGUUGGCCACAGUGAUGUUCGGCCUCCACCGAGCAAGAAGCUAAAGAAGGACGAGCGGUAUGAAUUGAACAGCCAGCCCAGCGGCCUCUGCGUGAUCAUUAACAACAAGAAUUUCAGCAAACCGAGACGCGGAAGCGACAAAGAUGCUGAAAGUUUGGGCGAGGUGUUCACCUGGCUGGGCUUCAGGGCGCUGAUGUGUAAAGACCAAACCAAGGACCAGAUGGAGCGAGCCCUGAAAUGCUUUGCUUCUCAGAGCGACCUCGCUCAGCUGCAGGAGUUCAACGUCGAGGAGUGGACCGGCAGCAAAUUCACGGCUCUGCAAGAGGCCCCUCGGCAUGGCGAUGCCCUCAUCUGCUGUAUUCUCAGUCACGGACGGAAGGGCGUAGUCCUCGGUAUUGACGACCAGCCUCUUUCCAUCAAACAAAUAAUUGGAACUUUCCUGCCGCCUGCUAACACAACCCUCACCGGAAAGCCCAAAGUGUUCCUCAUCCAGGCCUGUCAGGGAGGGCAAGCACAGCAUGGAGUGUUUGAAGAGCUGCAGGCAGAUGAUUCUCCCUCGCCAACCAUCCCAAAGGAGGCUGAUGUUCUGGUUGCCGUCGCCACUGUUGAAGAUUAUUUAGCUUUCAGACACAUCACUGACGGGAGCUGGUUCAUCCAAUCUGUGUGUGAGCAACUAAAGGACGGCUGUCCGAGGGGUGAAGACAUUACCACCAUCCUCCAACGCGUGAACUGGGAAGUGGGCAAGAAAGAGGGCUGCAGUGCACCUGGGGCAGGGAAGCAGAUGCCUGAAGUUAGGUUCACUCUAAGGAAGAAACUUGUGUUGUCUCCACAUCCUAAUUGCUUUGUCGCCAAAUGAUACAACCUCAGUGUACUUGACUCAUUUAAUGAUCUUUAAUUCGUUCAGGGAAGAGGCUUUCUUAAAAUGUAUUAUAUUUUUACCCAAAGUACUCAAUCUUUUGUACAAUGUCUUGUAUUUUCAACUUUAACCAUUUAUUUUUAUGAUAUAUUAUAUAUUUGUCACAGA